UGUGGUCAGCGGUUACUAUUUUUGAUUAUUUCCGAUUUUGAACUGAAGGGAAAUCAAGCAUUUUUUAUAGUCCCAGUUUCUAUCUUAAAAAAUGCGUCUUCUUACUCAUAACAUGCUAAAGUCGCACGUAAAGGGCGUCAAAAAUGGAUUUCCACUUGCGAUAGAGGCACAAGAUGUUCAAGUCUGUGAAGUAGAUUUCAACCCAGAGUUUAUCAGCCGUAUGAUUCCAAAGUUGGAGUGGGAGGCACUGGUUCAGGCUGCACAACAAAUUGGCCAUGGCCAAGACUUGCCUACUCAGCUGGCAGAGGGCUAUGAAUCAGACAAUGAUUUCCUUAAAAAAGCUCAUCAUGUCCUUUUAGAGCCUGCUAGCCAGCUGUCUGGAAAUUUCGGGGUUCCUGUGGCAAGGAAAAGGGAAAAGGAGAGCCGGCAGCAAGACCCCAUGUUUCUGCGUGUGCUCUGUUCGCUGACGAACGGAGCACGCUGAUUGGCUAAUUUCGACAGGUCAAGUCUGCUAUAGAGUCUCUGCUCUUUAGGGAUUUUACCAACUGGCUUUGGUAAAAGCUUUAUUUAUUACCAAGUAUUUGUAAGCAACAUGAGCUUCAAGUCUGUCGGUGAAAGUCCAAAAAAUUUAGUCAUUUGUUCCCCCUUUGGGUUGAUAUGUGACAAGAUCAUGGAGGCAGAAAGCCUCGGAAAUAAGUCUUAAAUUAGAGAAUGACUCCUUCGCCAAAGAGCAAAUUAUAUUUGCUUCAACUGAAGAAGUGUAUUACUUAGAGCAUCCGAGUUUAGAUCAGCGCUGAAGCGACCUCUCCAUUCUGAAAUCUAAGUGCAAUUGUGGUUUAUGAGACGACCUUGAUGUGCCUUAAUAUUUCUUGAUAUUUGAAGUUAAAUGAGGAUUUCUUUCAGGUGCUGGCUUUCGCGAAGGAAGACCAUUAUUUUUUGUCGAAUAAUAACUUGGAACUUUAGAAUUCCUUAUUUCAUUAGGAAUCCCACCUUCCAAAUUCGACUGAACUCGUUAACUUGCGUGGGGAGUGUGCUUAUAAUUGCUGUUUUUGUUGGUGUUAUUUUACAUUCUUUCCAUUUGUAAAUACGCUCUAUUUGUAACGUGCGAGUAUUUCUUAAAUUCACAGGUUUAUGGGUCAAGCGAGUAUUUUGAUUGGCCCCUUGUUGCAUGUUGGCCAUUUUGUUUACUUUUUGGACGGCUGUGAUUGGUUCGAUUUGACAGCUCCUGACACUUUCAUUUGACAAGGGAGGCCAAGCGUGAAGAGGGCGGACAUGCAAAAACAGAGGUUUUUGCUGCCGGCUCUCCUUUCUCCUUUCUCCCUUUCACAGGAAUCCCGAAUCUCUUGAGAGCCGGCUAGCAGGCUAAUCCAUGUCGCUGGUCUUUCGCAUUUUCGUUUGUUUGUGUCUGCAGGAGAAACCCGCAGGGCUCUUUUGUUCUUCCCCCACAGGGCCUUUCUGUUCUUCCCCCAGAGGCCUUUGUGUUCUUUCUCCACAGGGCCCUUUUGUUCCUCCCCCACAGGGCCUUUGUGUUUCUCCACCGCAGGGCUUUCAUGUUUUUUCGCCACUGGGUUUUUUGUGUUUAGUUGCCACAGGGCCUUUGUGUUCCUCCGCCACAGGGCCUUUGUGUUUUUUCCCUUUGUGUUCCUUCGCCACAGGCCUUUGUGUUCCUCUGCCACAGGCCUUUGUGUUCCUCUGCCUCAGGGCCUUUGUGUUUUUUCCCUUUGUGUUCCUUCGCCACAGGCCUUUGUGUUCCUCUGCCACAGGGCCUUUUUGUUUCUCCGCCAUAGGGCUUUUGUGUCCCCCACUAAGACCUCUGUGCGCCUUGAUGGAUUAUCCAUGCCUCGAGGCUGAACUUGAGAACUCGUGUACCUGAACAUGGCUCAGUAGCUACAGGGCCUAUGCCUCCUUGCUCGUCCUGACUGGCAUGGCUUCAAGGUAUUCCUUGAAGCCAUGCCAGUCUAACAAGCGGCACAAAAUUUACUUCUUACCCAUGAACAAUGACUUGGCUACGAAUUCCUAGAAUUCCUUUUAUCGCAUCUCGGAACGCUUCCGUUCGUAUUGAAUAGAGUAAGGGAUUGAUAAGCGAGCUAAAAACUACGACCGCUGAAGAGACUGCUUUAAGCAAUGGGACUUGUUCCUCAGCUAUUCUUAUGCCAAAGAAAAAUAAAUAUGUCAAAAAGUGGGUGACGGUUAUAAGAGCAAAUGCCAUGUUCGCGUUGCUUCUAGGCUGUUCAGUACCCAUAGACAAGUGAUCUGCAGCAAUUUGGCGUCGGUGCUUUUUACUCUCGCGCCAGACAACGAAGCAGCAGAUAAGGCACGUUAGAAUGCAAGUGAUCCCAAAGUUCCUAGAAAUGUUAGAAGAAGGAACGAAGGCGUCAAAGAUAGCAAAGCCAAUCGCUACAACCCACGCCAUGAUGACGGCCAAGCACACGCGUCCAUCCGUUACAAUAACAGGGUACCUAAACGUAUUCUUCAUGGCGAUGAGCCGAUCAAUGUUCAAUAGAGUAAUGUGGUACAAGGAACUGAAUGCCAUUAUCUUCGACACUGCCUGAGUAGCAGUUGAAGGGCAUUGCAAAGGGUUCAAGUAGAGCGUCAUAUUAGUGUUCACCGCUAGCGGUUGAGCGAUCAGUCCCGUCAUAAGAUCAGUGACUGCCAAACAUCCCAGCAUUAGGUUGGCCCUGCUACGUAGCGGUCGCACCUUCACGAGCGCUAUGACAACUAAUAAGUUAAAGAGGAUGGUGAAUGGAAAGGUGACGCUAUUGACUAGAGCUCGUGUUAGUGCAACUGUUUUAAUUGUCUCAGAGUCCACCGUAAGUUGCCAUGUUUCUACCGGAAGCCAAGAGCAGCUCAGCACGCUGUGACCUGUCUCGCCUGAUGAGCUGUUGUUAGCCAUUGCUGUUAUUUGGAUCUGUGAAGAUUUAAAAGAUUUAAAAAAUUAAGAUUAAGCGGAACCUUCACAAAAUGGAUGACCGUCUCCUUACAACUGACACUUACAAAAAAGUCCCUGAAAUUCCCUUGUCAACUCUAUAAAUAAAGCCUUUAUCAAGCGAACAACUUCAUACAACGGAUAACUAUCCUCGGCCCCAAAUGUGUUCGUUUUGGAGGUACCACUGUAUAACAGACACGUUUCUCGCUCCGAAGGGUGCCCGAUAUAUGGAGGUCCCAAGUGCGGACUUGUUUGGAGUGGCGCGAGGGAUUGUGGAAUCUAGAAAAAUAGUCCAAUAUUUGGCAUCAAUUUUAUUCACACGGUUUUACAAUCACUCGCGCCAUAGGCCAUAGGACCCAGUACUCCCAGAACAACUUCAAUAAGAUUCAAUGCCGGAAAAAAAAAACUAAUUUUAAAACAUACAAGCGUUGCGUAUGCAGGGCGUUAGAACUUUUUGUUGUUCCAAAGACUUCACAUCCUUUUUGUGGAUUAUCAAAUAGGAAAAAAAACCCUUUCUUUGUAGUUCUUUGUCUUACAUUGGUUUGUUAUUUUGCCUCUAAAAUUGUUUUCUCUGUUAUUAUUUUUCAAUUAAAUCCCUUACACUGACUAAAGUAUAGACGGUAUAUAAGUCGUUACGUUUACACAAGCCGAUUCGUCCACCCCAGUUUAUUUAAGUAGUCAGUCGCCAGAGUGAUUUCUUCCACAUCUAUUUUUUUGCAAAAAUGUAGCCUCAUCGCAUAUGCGAUUUAUAUAAAGAUGAAUAUAUGCGCUGUA